AUGGACGAAGUCCAUGAAGUUGACAAUUCUACAGAAAAUGAUUAUGAGGCCACCAAGGGUUUUCUGGAGGAGAUUAAUUGCCCAGAGCCAGGCAUCAUUGAUCGGGAGAUGAUUGAGUCUGCGUAUCUGGAGGAAGGCCCAAAAGGAGAAGCCAAACGUCUACAUCAACAGGAACCAGUUGUCUUCGAACGCAUUCAAACAAUGCGUUUGGAAUUUAAGAAUAUUCUACGUAUCGAUCAUCUUUGGAUGUUGCCAAAUCUAACCAAACUGUGUCUCAAUUGUAACAAAAUUGAAGUAAUUGAACAUAUUGACAUGCUUACUGCCUUAAAAGAAUUGAAUUUAAGUUUCAAUUACAUCACCAAAAUUGAAAAUCUAGAGUCUUUGGUUAAUCUAGAAACUCUUUCACUCUUUAGUAAUCGCAUUUUGAAAAUUGAAAAUCUGGAAAGUUUGGAAAAACUUGUAAUCCUGAGCAUAGGCAAUAAUCUUAUCGAUACCAUGGAAGGGAUUGAGCGUCUGCGUUUUGUCAAAAGUUUGAGGGUAUUAAAUCUGGAGGGUAAUCCGAUAGCAAAGAAACCAGAUUUUCCAUUAAACUCAUAUGUAGCUGCCAUAUUACCACAACUGAAUUAUUAUGAAUAUGUUUUCAUAAAAAGAGAUAUACGCGAGGAAGCCCUAAAACGUUUUUAUCGCGAGUUACGUGAAAUUGAGGACAAACAGGAGCGGGAAAUUGAAUCUCUUGAAACGGAGGCACGUGAACAAGCCGAAGCUGAGCGUUUGGCCUCCAGUUUUGUGGAACAUCUGGAUAGGCAUCAGCUAUACGAAUCACUGUGGCGGAAUGACAAUAAUGGACGCAUACUUAUGCUAAUAGGCAGUCCAGCUCAAGAGCUGGCCGAGGAAUAUGAGAAUGAUGUCUAUGAACUUACGCAAGAGAUAUAUAAACUUGGACUGGCACGUUUCGGGGAACGUGAUGAAGAAGUUCGUGACUUUAACUCUAAUCUGCAUGAGGGUCAACAGGAAUUACAAUCGCUGGGACAAAGUCAAAUCGAAGAAUUUCUACAGUAUAAAGAAAAAAUAUUCGAUCAGGCUCGUUCCAAGUGGAAGGAGGUGGAAAAGUGCGAAGUGGGCACAAUGGAAUACAUCAAGUUGCUCAAUGAAUUUGAAUCGUUGAAAAGUGUCUUUGAGGAUGCGCUAAAUGAGAUGUGGCAAAGCUUAAUGUCACAGGAAUUGCAUCUACAUGAGGCUGUCGAGGAAUCUACUCGCAAUUUUCAGUGCAAAAUCUCUGAACUUAUGACCAGUUUUGUGGAACAAGCCCAGGUGUGUUUCCGUCAUUUACGUGAUAUAUGCGGCCAUUUUGCAGAGAAUAUGACCGACUUGGUCACCAACUACCUGGCCAAGAAGCUGACUGGUCAAGAGUCCAAGGCAAUUCCCAUGGAAUUACAGCCAUGUGUUGAUGAUCGUGAGACGGUUUUAAAACUAAUCGAUGGCAUGAGAUCCACACAUACUUCUAGAAUUGACGAUCGCGAGGAUCGAAUGGUCAGGCGAAGUAAAGAAUUUAUUGAUCUAAUGAUUAAUAAACUAAACAACAAAGAAAUUGAUCGUCAUCGAGCCAAAAUAUUGGAAAUCAAUUCUUUUAUGGAACAAAUGAUGGCAUCUCUGACCAAUUUGACGGAACAGCCAAACGAAGACUGA